UUUUAAUGGACAAGCAGAUACGUUUAAAUUAGGAACAGAUCUUGCAAUGUAUUAGAAAUCACAGAGAUUUAAAUGAAAUCUUAUCAAAAUAAAAAGACCAUAGUUCAUAAGAAUUAUUCGACGAAAUUGAAAGAAUUACCAACAACAUGUCAAAUGAAAGCAAGGAGAGUCAAGAAAGCAAGUCAAAUAGUGAUACAAUCGACAGGGCAAUUAAAAUGUUUGCAGGUAAUCUCAAUAUAAUAGUUAAAUUCUCUAGAACCUAAAGUGAUCCUCUAUAAGAAAGAAAAUAGUCUAGGGUCUGAUCAAAUAAUGGAAUAGAUCUCUCAAGUCUUCAACAACAAAUCAUUUGAUUAAAAAGUGGGCUCUAAUCUUUCCACUGAGAUAUCCAAUGAACCUUGCUUAUAAUUAGGCUCAUCUCGCCAAUCCUUGUUGACUAGUGGCUCAGAAACAGAAAGGAGAAAAAGAAAGACUAUUUCCGAGGAGGAAUCUCAUUAUUUUGUUGUAAGACUCGAGGAUGUCAUUAAUUAUUCUGAUGAAAGAACAACAAUUAUGAUCAAGAACAUACCAAACAAAUACACAGUCUAAAUGUUGUAAGAUUUAAUCGACCUUAAACAUCACGAUUCAUAUGAUUUCUUGUAUCUCCCAAUAGAUUUCAAGGUAGUUACAUCGUAAAUACUAAAUUUAGAAUAAAUGCAACAUGGGUUAUGCAUUCAUUAAUUUCAUCCAUCCACUUUACAUUGUGUAAUUUUACAAAGACUUUCAUGAUAAUGGCUGGCCACACUUCAAUAGUGAAAAAGUAAAUCGCUUUUAAUAUGGUUAGAUUUGUGAGUUGAGGUAUGCCAGAAUCCAAGGGCGCCAAGCCUUAGUGCAACACUUUUAAUUUUCAAGUGUGAUGAAUCAAAAAGUAAACCUAUAUCACAUUUUAGGAUAAAAAAUUAAAGCCAGUAAUUGUACCAUAAAGCGAAUUAUCCAGAAUUCAUUAAUUAAUACAAGUAUAUCACUGUGUUAUUUUUUAAGCGACAAAAGUAAUGA